AUGGAAGGCAGCAGCUCAAAUGGGAGUGUUGAGGUCGCAAACAAAGGCGUAACUGCCGGAAUUCACGCGAAAAAGUUCGAAACUGUGAUUCAUCAUGUCGGCGAGGAGACUUCUUCGACAACAAACACCUCGGAUAACAAUCACCCGGAUACCGAUUCGACCAAAAACUCCCAAGAAAUGGAAUAUUAUCGCUUGUCACGUGCAAGUCGUUCGAAAUUUCCCGGAAAAUCUCCUUCUAAACUCGAAUUUCAACUGAUUCGAAAGCCUUCAACGGUUGCAAGUCGCAAAAAAACUGUCAAAGGCACCGUUGAUUGCAAGUCUCGUUCGGAAAUUUGUGUUUGUCGCAGUUGCACGUCGCGUCACGAACCCUCCACGAAGGAAACUGUCAAAGUUGAGGUCUUGAACACGUCUUGGAGUCAAAAGUUGCGAAGUAUUUUCGAUGGAAAUCGAAAGUCGGAAGCUUCCAUCGCGAAUGACGUCGAAGCAGCUGAAGUAAUUUUCAAUUCUGAGGAUCAGAAUCAAUGCAAAAAGGUUAAUUCUCGCGGAAAAUUUCCGAAAAACGAACAAAUUUUGUACAAUUUUGAACAUGGAUGCCCGGAAUAUUACAAAACUUUCGAUUGUCCGCCGCAUUUGGUGUCGGAUGUGCUCGCGGAACAAACUUUGCAUCAUGCAACCCGUUUUUGGGCGGAAAUGUUUGGCUUCAUUAACAUUGGCGUGACGUUUUUCGUCACUUUUGUAUUGCAAUUUUAUCGAUUCAUUUUGUUUGCGAUUUUCCGCACUUUUGUUGUCGGAGUCCUGCAAAUUACGUCGGAUUACUUCCUGAAACCCCUUUUUUCGGUCGUUUUUAAUGGAUUUAUGCAACCCCCGUUACUUUUAGUACAAAAUAUUUUCAUCUCAUGCGGAAAUGUCUUGCAACCAAUCGCUUCAUGUAUCGGAAAUUUCCUCUCUCCAGUCGCAAUGUUACUGCGAUCCUUGCGUUUUGUCGAAAUAAAUCACUUAAAGAAGCAAGAAACUGCCAAAACAGAGGAAAAUGUCGAAUUUAUGGUUUAA